UCUAUUUUCUAAUAGUUUUCAGCGAUACUGACCUCUUACAUCAAGCCUUUCUGAUGUUGUUAGACUGAUCCGAUACAGCAUGUUCGCUCCCGGGACUGAGAGUCUGAUUAAACAAGCAAGCACAUCUUUUCUUCUUCCUGACUUGUCCAGAGAAAUACAAGAAGAUGAGCUCCAGAAGUUUUAUGGUCGUGUAUCUAAACUACUUCAUUCAAGUCGGGAAGCUGGAGGAGAAGUGGCUGAUUCUCUUCAGAGGCUCCACUUGAUUGUGUCUGCCAACAAAUAUGCCAGAACGCUCCCUCCUGACCUAAUAAAGAAGCUGAGGAUGUUGCUAAGCUUGCCAUCCUGUCCUGAGCAGUUUCAGGUCCUGUCCUCAGCCAUCUUGAGGGAGAGUUUACCCCUCAGUGUGCACAGCCUUUCCACAGAGCUCAGCCAGGACAGCAGAGCACUUACUUAUAUAACCAGUGUGGUGCUCUCUCAGGCUGGGAGCAAAAAGGAUCUGCUUCCUAUCUGCCAGCAUUUACUGAAGAGUCUCGAGUCAAGACCUCCUGAGAUGCAGGUCCCCAAGCACACACUUCCCAUUCUGUCCAAAAUGUUAAAGUUCUCACCAGAUAUUCUCAGUGAAGAUCAGGUGAAUGUAGUUAGUCGAAAGUUGGCUGAUUGGCUGCGAUAUGCCAGCAUUCAUCAAGGAGCUUCCAUGUCCUCUGGAGGAUUUUUUACUAGUCCCAGAACAAGACAGCCAGCACUUAUGACUGAAGUGGAUGGAGCAGUGGCUGGAGACUUCUUCACAGUGCUGUGUUUGGGACAGAGCUACACUGAGGAUCAGUGGAUGAACAUGUACACUUUUUCCAUGCUCAGGAGCUGGCUGCUCACCUAUGACACAGGUGGAACCUCCAACACAGAAGCAGCCCCAAAAAGAACACAGGUCACUCAUAUUUCACAGCAAGUCAUUGAGGGUAGUAGUGGAUUGUUCUUUGCUCUCGGUGUAGAUGAUCGAUCUGAGUUGGACAGCUCGGUCAUGUCCAUGGUCUCAGCCACAUCCUCAUCAAGCCGACUCCUACCACCGAAGGAGCGACUCAGGGAGAAAGCAUUUGAGUAUUGUCACCGGCUCAUUGAACAGAGUGACCGGAAGGCCAUGAAGAAAUUUGAUGCAGAGCUACAGAAGGCGUGCAUUGUGGAGUCAGUGGCCAUAAUGGACAUCAUUUGCAGUGAGGACCCAUCCUAUGUGUACCGUGCCUUUCCUUGUAUCAAAGCACUAUACAGCAGGCUGAGUACAGACCUGGGGUUUGCUCGAGCACUACUGCCCAUCGCUCAGUUCUACCUCAACCACAGUGAAACCGCCGCUGUAGAUUCAGAAGUAGUCCUCUGCCAACUCUUUAGCCGCUUUCCAGCUGAGCUCUUCAAUGAAUCCAUUCUGGCCUUCGAGUUUAUCCAGUUCUGCCUCCACAACAUGAAAGUACUGCAGGAUAAAGUACCUAUCUACAGGCAAAGCUUUCCUAACCUGCUUAAGUUUCUGGCAUGGAACAGUCCAGGGCUGAUAUCAGAGUUUAUGGAGCUGCUGCCUUCUUUUUUGGCUCCUGAAACAGCAAUCGAGUUACUUCACUCACUGCUAGAUCUUCCCUGUCUGGCUGCAGCCCUGGACCUCCAGCACAGGUCAGCGUGUUAUCAGGCCAGUGAACGAGUCAUUUGGGACCAGCAAGGUUCCAGGAUUGCUGCCUCUCUGGAAGCCUUUCGCCAGCCUUCAUACAGAGGACUCUUCCUUUACAUCCUUCGACCAGAAGCAGGCAGCGGAGACACCAUCGACAGGUUAAGUAUGCUUCACGAGGCUCUAGAGGGAAUGGCGGAAAGUCCACGUGUGGUGCGCUGUGCCCAGAUUGUCCCUGUACUUCUACAUGUUUACUUCAACACAAUUACUCAGAUGGCUGAUGGGAAGCUUAUUAACCAGCUUUUGUUGGUACUGCUGGAAAGAAGCAGUCUUCUGUACAACGUCAAGAAUUUCAGCACUGAAGUGCAGAGAGUGUUUAGCACACACCUGCGGGCCCUGUGCAAGCUGCAUCCACCUCUGAUUGUUGAUCAGUACAAGGAGUUGCUGGAAUUUGCCAGUGCUACAACCAACAUCUACAGUAAAGAGGACUUCUACACACAUGUGGUGUGGGUAAUAGGGGAGUAUCUGUCACUUUCCUACGACCCUCGCUGCACUGUGGAUCUAAUAACGUCAUUUUUUGAGGGACUCGAGCCAAUACUGUUUGAGAUCACGCAGGUGCGACAGUUUUCCAGCCCACCACGCUACUCUCCACGUUUGCUUACUGUGCUCAUGACUGCACUGGCAAAGUUGGCAUCCCGCAGUCAGGACCUCAUUCCCCGAGCAUCUCUGUUCCUGUCUAAGAUGCGUGCUUUUGCGCAUAGUGGACCAGUGACAUCAUGCUUCAGUGAGGAGGACAGCGAGGAGAUCGUUACACGAGCCCACGAACUUAUAAACCUCCUCAAGCUUCCUAAUGUGGCCCAGUUUGUACUGGCACCAUCGACUCAAAGUGACAGCCCUCGGUGGCACAGAGACACUAAUGCUGCAUUACCACAGCACAUGAGAGCUAUCAGUGACGUGCUUCACUGCCAUUCCAACUUUCUGCCUGCUUGAAGCUUCGCUGGGUGCGGAGACAUAACGACUCCUGUCUAUCACAAGUACAGAGUUCAGCACAAUCUCGCUUAUUACCAUCAAGACUUUAAAUUAUACACAUUGUUACUGGAUUAUAACAUGUCUGAAAAAAUAAAUGAUACAUUUCUGAUGA